AGUUAAUAAAAGCAUUUUUUGCGGUCAGGCGAUUUGGAAUAAUAAUUGUGUUAAUUUCGACUGGACAAUUUGGAAUUUCUUGUGACAAAAAAGUAAACACUUGACAGACAAUUGAUGCCAUUUUGAUUUUAAUUAAGCGAAUAAACCGUAUAAAUUUUGUACAAAAAUCACGACCUUCGUAGAUUGGUAAGCAGACAAAAAAAUGUGAUAAGGUGAUCAUAGAUUUCAUUUAUUUUAUUAUGAUUAACGUCAAAGGUACUUGAAUUGAGCCAAUUUAAUCAUUUAUCAACACUAAAAAAAACACAAUUUGAUAAUUGUAAUCUGUAUGGAAUGUAUUUUACGCUAAUGUUUAUGAUUCCACGAUAAGUGCAUUGCUUGCUGUCAUUAAUUAAUAUAACCCACCAAAUAAAGUUUGGAGAGAACAAAUGAACGAAUCAUUUGCCAAAUUUAUUACUCUCUAUGAAAUUAAGUCGUUGGGAGUCAGACUGAUUCAGGAAGAAUUCAUAUUUUUGUCUACUUUUAAUAUGCGUAUAAAAUCGGUGACACGUGGUAUCAUUUAGUGUUUUUAUGCAGUGAAUAAAUAGAGUAGUCAAAUGAUGCCUUUAUUUUAAAACAAAUGGCAUUCGUGUAUAGUGACAUGAUUCGUUUGUUUGUUCGUAGUGACACAAAGGACUGGACAGCAACAGAAAUAAAUUGAAUUCGAUCAAUACGUUAGCCUGCAUCGAUUGUGAUCAAUGUACAGCCAAUGAAAAGAACAUUAACGUCACCCAUUUUACAAUGGAAUGAGAUAGAACAUGAACCAAAGUGACUGUGUUGGUUUUUUUUUUAUUAUUCAACAAACAGUCUGCAGACAACGACAGACAAUUACACAUUUUCGUUAACGCCAAUAAAAUUGUUUUUUCUCUUCUGUAUAUUGAUAACAAAAUUGCACACAGUGUGAAUUGGCUGCCAGUUGCAAAAAUGCAAACGAUAUAAAUGUGAAUGAUCAACGUAUAAACGAAAAUCGAAUGAAACGUGAUUUCAGUCGUUUGAAACAUUGAGAACGGUGAACACAACGUAAUUUUAAUUUCUGGCUCCGCGCACAUGCGGUCCCUCAUUCCAAUUAAAGUUUAAUUUGGUGCAUUGUACUUCGUCCGCCUCGCUCAAUCGUGUAAACAAUAAUCCAUGCAAAUGAGUUCGUAACAUAAAUAGUGACAACAACAUCAAAACAGCAGCAACAGCAAAAUACACAUUGCAUCGAAUGUAAUAUUCAAAUGAUUUGUUUAUGUUGAGUGGAUGGAACAAUUAAUACAAACAGAGAAAAAGAGAGAGAGAAAGAGCGCGUUAGAAAAAUGAGUGAUAAAAAGGCGGACGAAACCGAUUCUCACAAUGAUUUGGAUUAUGUGUUGAGUGAUGUCGGUGAAUUCGGCAUAUAUCAAAUUGGGCAAUGCAUCGCGAUGGUUCUGCCCAUCAUACUUUCGGCCACUUAUGCAGUCGAAUUCAUAGUGACCAGCUCAACGGACGAUUAUAGGUGUGCAAUUCCCGAGUGUGAAUGGCUGAACAACACAAUCUACGAUCAAAAUUGGUUAAGUCACGCGAUUCCGUUCAAAAAUGGGCGACCGAAAAAGUGUUCGAGAUUUGGUACUUCACAUCAAUCAGCUCCGGAUGGUCAAUGCCCAAAAUCUUUAUUCAACGAAUCCAAUGUCAUUGGCUGCAAUGAAUAUGUUUUCAAAACAGACGAGUAUCGGAUUAUGCGAGAGUUUGGUAUUUUAUGUGAUGAAAACGAGUAUAAAUUGGCGCUCGUUGGAACUGUAAAUAACAUCGGUGGAUUUCUAUUCAUGCCAUUAACCGGACUACUCAGUGACAAAUUUGGUCGUUUAACGGUUCUGAUUGUUGGCAUGGUAAGCUGUGCCAUUUUUGGUUUAAUCAAAGCAUUCGUUGGAAGCUACAUGUGGUAUAUGGUGUUGGAGUUUCUAUGUGCCGCUGUGGGCACAACAACAUACAUGGCAGCGUUUGUCCUGUGUGUGGAAUGGGUUAGUUCGAAAUAUCGGAUUUUAGCCUCAACUACAAUUGCUGCCACGUAUCCUGGGGGCGAGAUUCUAUUGGGCGUUAUGGCUAUGCUCUUGCCUAAUUAUCGAGCAUUCCUUUCGGCGAUUUAUACGCCGGCUUUGCUACUUGCAUUCUAUUUUUGGCUGGUACCAGAAUCAACCCGAUGGCUUAUUGCAACCGGCCAAUAUGAACGAGCGAUGAAAAUUCUAAAACGCACCGCCAAACAGAACAAUCGCGAAAUGUCGGAAAAAUCAAUGGAAAUUGUGCGAAACAGUUGCACGGAUGCCAAAGGCAGUGGCAAAAAUGGCGAAAAUGACUGUUCAUCGAUUAUCGCAAUUUUCCAGAAUAAAAUCCUACUCAUACGGCUUAUCAUGUGCUCAUUGUGUUGGAUUUCAGUUGUAUUCGUUUUUUAUGGUUUGAGUGUGAACGCAACGAAAAUUACUGACGAUAGCAACAAAUACUUGAGCUAUAUCACAACCAUGGCUGCAGAAGUGCCCGCCGCAUUGAUCACCUUUUUUAUGUUGAAGUAUAUAGGUCGACGCACAGCGAUGUGUUGUACAAUGACGAUAGCUGCUUCGGUAACAAUUUUAUCAACAUUCGUGCCAUCGCAUUACACAUUGAUCAUUCGCAUUAUGUUUUUCGUCGGAAUGUGUGCAACAUCGAGUUCAUUUGCCAUUCUUUAUGUGUUCUCAGCCGAAAUUUGGCCAACUGGUAUGCGUAACUUACUGAUGAAUAUUUGUUCAAUGAUCGGUAGAUUUGGUAGCAUGCUAGCGCCACUGGCUAUAUUAUUGAGUCACUACAAGCAAAACUUACCGCUGCUUCUAUUUGGAAGCGCUGCUCUUAUAUGUGGAUUCAUCAUCUUCAUGCUUCCCGAGACCAAAGGCAAAAAAUUACCUCAUACAGUCCAAGAUGCUAUCAAACUAUAGAAUAAUCCAUUUAAAAAGUAUGAUUGUAACCAUCAAUAUUGUAGUUUAUGGAAUCUUUAGUCUCGAAAACCAAAUCUGUUCAAUCAAUCAAUUACGCGUAAAUAAAUAUUCGUUUUAAGUAAAUAUGCGUUUGUUAUGUGAAGAAAACUAUUCUAAGCAAUUUUAACCCACUUAUAGAGAUAGAAAAAAGAUGAAAUUCAAUGAGAAUCAUAUUCAUUACACUCCAUUGUGAACCGGGCAUCUGAAAAGAAUGAAUGCGAAUAAUAUGCUACCGCAUGAGUUAUAAAUGCGACAGAAAGAGAACAGAGUAGUGUUUAUACGCGUCAGCAACUGAUUUCAGCUACUGAGCUCAGUCAACACUGCUGAUGUUAGCUCAUAACACGCUCUGAUUUCAGCUGACGUGAAAAUUUUAGCGAGAGAUUUAUAUUUUUGUGGAACAUCGCAACUUACUCUAUUACAUUUCUAUUAGUGAGACGUAAAAGAACGCAAGUUUGUCCAACUUCGUAGCAAUAAAGAGAAGUAUGUUUCAUUGCAACUAAUAAUGGUUAAAAGAAUGUAUGUUCGUUUUUAGCGGGUCCUCGCGGUUUUUCACGCUUUCCGCGCAACUGAUAAGAGAUAAGAGAUAGAUGUCUUCGGCAAUAUUAUGAUAUUAAAUAUUAUAGAAGACCUCGAGUACUACAACUUUGUCGAAGACACCAAGUUGUUAUCUCUUAUCAGUUCCGGGGAAACCGUGAAAAACCGCGGAGGCUAGACGGGAUGCCAACAUUAUUCCUUUUAACGCAGAUAGAAUCAACAGAAAACAUACUUUCCUUUUCAAAAAUAUAAAUCGACAAAAAAACAUACAUUCUUUUACGUCUCACGUAUAGAUUUAUAGUAGAAUUAUAGACAUUAUGUGUAUAAUCUCAGCGCAUGAAACAUGAUUGAAUAAAGAGCCGACAAACAUCUUA